ACAAGUAAGCCUAACCUCGGUGAGGCGAAAGGCAGCACCCUGCGGGCAGCAGGGACUUGGCUGGUUCCUGAGCUGCUCGGAGAAUCAUGUCAGCUUCGGCUGUUUUCGUGCUCGACCUCAAGGGCAAGGUCCUAAUAUGCAGAAACUACAUGGGUGAUGUAGAUAUGAAUGAAAUUGACUACUUCCUGCCGAUGUUGAUGCAGAAGGAGGAUGAGGGGAUUAGUUCCCCGUUCCUCAUCCACGGACAUGUUCACUUCCUCUGGAUAAGGCACAAUAACUUGUACUUGGUAGCAGUGACAAAGAAAAAUGCAAAUGCAGUGCUAGUUUUUGCAUUUUUAUAUAAAAUUAUUCAGGUUUUCACAGAAUAUUUUAAAGAGGUCGAGGAGGAAAGUAUUCGAGAUAACUUUGUUAUUGUUUAUGAACUUUUGGAUGAGUUGAUGGAUUUUGGAUUUCCACAAACGACCGAUAGUAAGAUUCUCCAAGAGUACAUCAUCCAGCAGGGACACAAGCUGGAAAUUGGGGCACCCCGUCCCCCUGCCACGCUCACAAAUGCAGUGUCCUGGAGAUCAGAGGGUAUCAAAUACCGAAAGAAUGAAGUAUUCAUUGAUUUGAUUGAAUCUGUCAAUUUACUGGUGAGUGCGAAUGGCAGUGUCCUGAAAAGCGAGAUUAUUGGAAAUGUAAAGCUGAAGGUCAUUCUAUCAGGAAUGCCUGAACUACGACUCGGUCUUAAUGAUAAGGUUCUUUUUGAGAUCUCUGGGCGGGACAAGACUAAAUCUGUAGAACUGGAAGAUGUAAAAUUUCAUCAAUGUGUGCGCUUGUCUCGCUUCGAAAACGAUCGAACCAUAUCCUUCAUCCCCCCAGAUGGAGAGUUUGAACUUAUGUCUUAUCGGCUGUACACUCAGGUAAAGCCCUUAAUCUGGAUUGAGUCAAUGAUUGAGAAAUAUUCGCACAGUCGAGUGGAAAUUAUGAUAAAGGCUAAGAGUCAAUUUAAACACCGUUCUACGGCAAACAAUGUUGAGAUUUUAGUACCAGUUCCCAGUGAUGCUGAUUCACCAAAAUUCAAGACAAGUACGGGCACUGCAAAAUGGGUACCAGAAAAAAACGCUGUCCUCUGGUCGAUCAAGUCUUUUCCUGGUGGCAAAGAGUACUUGAUGCGGGCUCACUUUGGUCUCCCAAGUGUGGAGGCUGAGGAACAGGAGGGGAAGCCGCCCAUCACUGUCAAAUUUGAAAUUCCGUAUUUCACUGUCUCUGGGAUUCAGGUGCGCUAUCUGAAAAUCAUUGAAAAGAGUGGCUAUCAAGCUCUUCCCUGGGUUCGGUAUAUUACACAGAGCGGAGAUUAUCAAUUGCGCACGAAUCAGUAGAAGCACUGCUCUACCGUGUAAUUUCCAAGAAUGCAAUUUGUAACAAAGUUAUGAAAAAGGAAAGAAUCUUAACUUUUGACUGUUCAAGACAACAACCUUGGUGAUUACAGAUUCUACAGAGAGGAGAUUCAAAAGACAGUUCUUACCAGAACAGACAGAAAAAUGUGACUGUAACUUUGAUUGCUUCAUUGUUUCUGGAUAUAUGUUAGGUUACUAUUUCAUUCGUUGUUACUUGGAAACAGUCAGGUCAAUGUUGCUAGUCAGGUUAAUUGCUGCUCCCUCCUGGAUUUUUCUGUCAUACAGUUUUAACUUCUGAUGGUAAUAAUGCAGAAGAUCACAAUUAAAGCAACAUAAUUUGAACAUUUUCCCUGAGCUGAUACGGAGGAAAGUGUGAUAUCUAAGGGCAUAAUAAUAUAAAAACUAGAAGCAGGAGGAGGCAAUUUAGCCCCUCAAACUGCUCCACCAUUUGAUACGAUCCUGGCUGAUCCCAUUUUGGCCUCUACUUCACUUUCCUGCCCAAUCCCCAUAACCCUUUAACCUUUUACUCAUUAAAAAUCUACCUCCUGACAUCCGUUGCAAGCUGGAGUAGUGAAUUCCUUAAAGUCUAGAUUGCCCCACAAGGGGAAACAUCCACCCUACAUUUACUUUGUCAAUUUCCAUCAGUGUCUUAUAUAUUUCAAUUAAAUCUCCUCUCAUUCUUCUAAACUCUAGCGAGUAUAAGCCUAAAGUGCUCAAUCUCUCCUCAUAAAACAAACCUUUCAUCACUGGAAUUAAUCACAUCGAUCUUGUCUGAGUUGCCUCCAAAUCAAUUAAUAUAAGUGAAAUUCCACAAGUAUGUCCACAGAGAGCGAUGAGGAGAAUCUGGUUUCUUUGUUUGUGUGUAACUCUUGUUCCUCUUUGCCAUUCCCAACCCACAACCAAACCCAAAUUGUCCCUCUGAUUUCUUCUUGUAUUUUUACAUAGGGAUGCACCUCUGGAAUCUGAAGUGAAUAUCAUUGUAACAUCUUGCCUUCCAUGAAUUGUAUCCUUGUCUUCUCACUGGGCAAAAAUAAUUGGAAAAAAUAAACAACGAAAACAAGUGAGAGAAAUAGAAGGGUAAAUGUUCUUAUUGUCUGCUUGAAGAUCUGUUAUAAUGAUGCAGUUUUAUGUGACAACUUCUCGUGUGAUCAAGAAGCAGCUGCCAUCUUGUGGGUAGAUUUAUUUUCAUGAGUUCACCCCUGUAUUGUCCCUUAACGUCUGCCUGUCCAUAACAAAUCUACCAAUAUUAAGGGGAGGUUGUGGCGCAGUAGUAAUGUCACUGCAGUAGUAAUCCAUGACCAAACUAAUGCUCUGGGGCCACGAGUUCAAAUCAGACCUUUGAGACAAUCUAGAUUUGGAAGCGAGACACUACUGCCUCACAGCACCAGAGACCCCAGUUCGAUUCCAGCCCUUAGGCAAUUGUCUGUGUGGGUUUCCUCCCACAGUCCAAAGAUGAGCAUGUUAUGUGGAAUGGCCAUGCUAAAAACUGACCUAUAGCAUCUAGGGAUUUGCAUGUUAGGUGUUUCUUUUUAACUGCAAAACUAUACUUUAUUCAUAGAAGGAAAUAUUUAUGUACAUAUGCAGUUAAUAAAGUCAUUCUGGUCUAUACUGUCUU